AUGGACGUUUCAGGACUUUCGACGUGGAAGCAGACACUGGCCGCUGGCAUAGCGUUGGGAGUUCUUUACUACGUUGUUUCAGCCAUUUACUGCAUUUACUUCCACCCGCUCUCCAAGUUUCCGGGUCCCAAGACCGCGGCCUUCUCUCGUCUCCCGUUCUCGAUUUCUGCAGCACGCGGUCGGCAGUACAAGUGGCUCGACAGCCUUCACGAGCGCUAUGGACCAGUUGUACGCAUUGCGCCUAAUGAGGUGACGACCAUUUCGUCCGGUGCGUGGAAGGAUUUGUACUUGCAGCGUCCGCAGCUGCCCAAGGAUCCGCACCCACAGACGCCGCCGAUGAAUGGCGCAGACUCACUGUUCACUGCUGAGGGGCAUACACAUCAGCGCAUGCGAAAGACGCUGCUGAGCGCGUUCAACGACAAAGCCCUGCGGGCUCAGUCAUCCAUCAUCGAGAUGUACGCCGAUUUGUUUGUGCAGCGGCUGCGGCGCGAGGCGGCCAGGAGUGCCGACGGCGCCGUCGAUCUGGCCAAGUACUACGGGUAUGCGGCUCUCGAUGUCAUCUCGGACCUGACGUAUGGCGAGAGCUUCCACGGUCUGGAGGGCGACAACGAGCACAACUGGAUCAUGGGCUUCUUCCUCGGCGCCAAGUUCGGGGCGGUGCGCAACAACCUGAGCUAUUUUUACCCGCUCGACCGCGUCUUUGGGUACAUCUUUCUGCGGCUGACGGCCAAGGUGCGGGCCCGCAACUGGAAGUACACGGCCGAUCUGGUCACCAAGCGGCUCGAGAUGGGCGAUCUGGGCAUGACACGGUCCGAUUUCGUGUCACCCGUCAUCGGCAACGUCAAGGAGACCAAGGACAAGGGAAUCACCCGCGACGAGCUCAACACCCACUCUCUGGCCGUCACCAUUGCUGGCUCGCAACUGCCAACGGUGGCACUGGCAACGGCGACGUACCUGCUGCUGCGCGACCCGUCAAAGCACGAAAGGUUGCGGGACGAGAUUCGGUCAUCAUUCCAGGCAGAGGCUGACAUCAAUGUCGCAUCAACAGCCGAGCUCCCUUAUCUGGCGGCUGUGAUCGAAGAGACACUCCGCAUCCAUCACCCAACGCCCAUCGCACUGCCGCGGAUAAUCCCGCCCGGAGGCCUGCGGGUCGACGGCCAAUGGAUUCCGGGAGAUACUGUCAUGGGCAUAGCCAUGCAGACGGCGCAGACGUCGCCGCGAAACUGGGUGGCGCCGAAUGAAUUCCACCCGGAGCGCUUCCUGCCAGCGGGCCACCCGCUGCGCGACUCGCGAUUCGAUGACGACGACCGGGAGGCGUACAAGCCGUUCUCCAUCGGGACCCGGAACUGCAUAGGCGGCAAGGUCUUCCUCGCCGAGGCCAGGGUUCUCCUGGCGCGCACCAUCUGGAACUUCCAGCUAGAUCUGGCGCCUGACUGCCCCACUGAUUGGAUGGAUCAGAAAGCCUAUCUGGUAUUUGAGCCGAAGCCCCUUCGGGUUAGACUUGCCGAGAAGGCGUUGUAG